GGCACGUUUGCUGGGGAGGUUAAAGCUGCUAUUGAUGCCAAAUUUGGCGGAGUUUCUAGUGGAUCAUCAAUUACGAUGCCGAUGUCAGAUGCUCCGCUAUUCGAGCUGCGAUUGUCCAGUCGACGACCAGGCGAUGAGCACGGAGACAAGGUUCUGCCACCACGUCGACAGGCAGACCAGCUACUAAAUACAUUCUGGCGGUGUGUACAUCCUGUCGACUACUUCCUCGAUGAGAAGCGAUUCGGUCAGUUGUAUGAACUGCUGUUUGCGGGAAUGCAUCUCGAAAUAGAGGAACGAGUUUUUAUUGCCACACUAAAUAUCGUCUUCGCUUUUGCUACCCAAGUUCAGGAGUCUGUUGGAGUCGCAGAAAGGAACGAGGUAGCGAACACUUAUUUUCAGAGAGCCUGGAAUUUACUACGUCCUGAAACCAUUUUAUGGGAACCACCAUCGCUAGAGGUUGUGGAAUGCCUUUUACUAAUGAGUCGAUACCUCCAGUGCACGAACAACUCUCAUCAAUCAUGGAUGGCAGUGGGAUCAGCGAUACGAAUGGCGCAGAGUCUUGGAAUUCACCUCCCCAAAACUCCGGAGACUGGUAUGUCGAGCGACCAGGCUCAUUGGCGGCACCAUCUAUGGAACUGCUGUGUAUUUGCUGACAUGUCUGUCUCGUGGGUUCAAGGUCGUACGGCGAUGACGUCGCUAGUAAGCCAAUAUUCCACAAGCAGGAGCUCUCAUUUUCGAGAUGGCUUGAUCGAAACGCUAGAGCUUUAUGAGAUUAUUCGUCACAGUAUUAUGGCACAAACCUCUGUUGGUGGUGGUCUGGCUGAGAGAUUUGGCCUGCACGGGUCAAAUUACAGGAAAGAGACCUAUUGUAACUUGGUUCUGCAACAUGAGGCUUGCCUGAACCAAUGGGAAAAAGUGAGGCUCAAAGAGAUACCAGACAAAGACGGCGGUAAUGAUGAUGCGAAGAUGCAGAAGCUUAGUCUCCAAUUUCGGUUAUUACAUGCUCGAAUCUUGUUAUUCAGACCGAUGGUCGCCCGCUGCUGCUUCAUGCAGAAUAAUGCGCUUGUCACUGCUGAUGCUCAUUUUGAUUCAUCCUAUAAGGGCCACAUGAUACAGUAUGGCGCCUUUCAAUGCAUUUGGAAUGCUCAAAAGAUGAUAUCAUUGCUCGACAAGAAUUCCAAUGUCAAUGAAUCUAUCCACAUUCUGCCUUGGUGGUAUCGUACUUUCUACCUCCAUGUGGCAGGAACUAUACUUCUCGCAGCGAUGCAAUCCAAUAAUCUUUUCACGGAGGCGGUAUCAGACAGCUGGCAACAGACUCUCUCAGUUAUCAAGAGACAUGAGCAUCUCAGUUCUUAUAUACCGCAUUGUGCGUCACUGUUCCAAUCUUUGUCUAGAAAAGCCUCGCAGAUGCGCCAUCCGCUAGAAGCUACUGAUUUGUUGGAAGAUUUAUCAGAUGCACAAUUUCAUGAUACAUUUUUAGAGUUUGGUUUUCACAACGAUAGCUUUCUCUUU